AACAUUGCGCGAGGCGGAGAAACAUGGUUUGAUUCUCCGUAAGCUGAUCUGAGAAUAGAAUAGAACUCUAGAAAUCGUCUGCGGCCGCGUACACAUGAUUAUUCGUAAUUGAGAAUUUUAGUGCGAGAAGCGGUUUUUUUGUGUGUGAUAUUGGAAUAUUUAAGGUAAUGUUAAAACAAGAAUUGAUAAGGCGAAUGGUAAAAUAGAAUAGCUUAGAAAUGUCAAAAUACGAACGGAAAGAAUAUCAAGAAACGCAAGUGAUGAGAACCGUCUCUCCGCAACGACAAAUAUACAACUCCAAUCAAAAUUUAUCAAAGUUUGAUAGUAAUUUAGAUUGCCUCCUUGAAGAUCUUCAAAAUUCCGUAUCACGUCCAGGAAGCUCGUUAGAUUAUCAUAGUGGCGGUAGAUCGAAAGAAACGUCUCGAAUAGUAACUACUGACAAUAACAAAUCUCUAAAUACUAUUUCUAGUAUUAAAUCAAAUCCAGUUACAGAAUACUCAUCAGAUGACGCUUACAAUUAUCAGAGUCCAGAUGGAAGACAGCAUAUCAGUGGAUAUAAAAGAGAAAAGUAUAUGUAUAAAACUACAAGUGAAGAUGUUACACCAGAAAACAUUAGAGCUCAAAAUAGUAUAAAUCAAUUGGACACCCUACUAGAUGAUCUACAACAAGUUAAACAAUCUUCUUUUUUGGAUUCAGAAUCUUUUAAUACCUCUGGAACCGAUCCAAAAUACGGGGGUUCGAUAAAGAAACGAGUAGUAAAUAGAGAGCUUCAUUACGGAGACACUCCAACAAGUCAAAGCAGAAAUAGAACACUUGAAAGAGACAAUUCGCUACAAAAAGAAAUUGAGUACAUCAACGAAGGUACUUAUACCAACACCCGGACUACUCGACCAACUUCUCCAGUUGUUAACUCUAGAACAUCUACUCUGACCAAACAAACCAAAGCUAGCAAUAUACACGAAUACCCCGUAGAGGUAAUUGAAACCGUUUCUCCCGAUAUAGAUCCUGAAGUACUAGCUCAACUGGAUCCUAAUUUGAGACCACCAGGAAAUACAAAAGUCACAACUACAAUUAAGACUUAUACGUACGAGAUACCCGGCUCUGGCGACUAUCCCACGAAUCUGAUCGACACGAAUGAACAAAAAUAUGUGUACUCGCCUAACAAAUCUAUCAGUACUCCUAGUAAAAGUUUUGUCUAUAAUGCUAUUGAAAAUAAGGAAAAUACCUUGUACCAGGAAAAUGCUAAUUAUCCCUUAUAUCAAAAGCCAAAUCCACCAGGUGUUUUAGUUAAAGAAACCAUCACAACACGGAACUACCAACCAGGAUACAGAAUUGACAAAAACCCCCCAUCAAUAAACGAAACGUAUAUCUACAAUGAAACUACUACGAAAAAUGUAGAUAAUCGCUUCUCACCAAUACCUCCACCACUGCCAAAUCAAAAUACUUAUAUUAUUAAUGGAACCGAGACAAACGUGAACAAAAAUGAUAGGCCGACACCAGGUAAAGAGACAUACAUACUAAAAGAAACCCAUAGAACUACUGUUAAUGAUGUAGUAAGUCCUCAAAAUCCCCAUUAUCCUGAGGACACAUACCCUAAACGAAAUGAUAAAUACAAUCCGGGUAAAGAAACUUAUAUUAUAAAAGAGGUUCACAACACGACUACCACCAAUGAUAAACCUUUCUCAGAAAGAGGAUAUCCUGUUUAUAAUCCUCCAGAUGGGCGAGAUCCACCUAAUACGUACAUUAUAAAAGAAACCACCAACACUACUACCAAUCAUUCAAAUGGGCCUUAUCAAAAUGGACGUCCACCAAAUGAACCUCAAAAUAAAACUAUUAUCUAUAGACACGAAACGCAUUCAACCAACAACAAUUACGGUCCUAAUAAUCCCAAACCGUUCGAAGUAGAAACGUUUGACCCAAAAAAUCCUCCAUAUGACAUAAAGAAACAUCCUAAUGAACCUAUCAAUAUUCAUUAUUCAUACAAAUCUACUAGUAAAACGCAAAAUAAUUACAAAGGAGGAUAUCCACCUAACGAGGAGACGGAAACUUUGUUGCCCAAAAAGUUUCCAACUGACGAUAGAACUGAUGGACCUCCUAAAAAAUUAGAUGAGCUCAUGGCUACAAUAGGAAACGAGCCUCCAACCAGUCCUUUGAAUGCAGGUUUUAUUCAACAUGAACAUGAAAUAGCUCAACAAAAAAAGGUGGAAAACUUAAAGCAAAGAUCAUCAGAAUUAGAGGAUUCACAAAAAAAAGAACCUCCACCAAAAUCCAAAAAUAUUGCUGGACCUCCAGUUUAUUAUCCACCAGGAGAAAUGUUUGUAAAAAAUGAAGAAGGUGGAGAAGCAUGGAGAAGUCAGGGAGCGUAUGCGAGAGGAUCUGGAAAAUAUCAGUAUGAAGCUGAAAGCAAAAGUAAAUCCAAGAUGAGCAGCGGUGCAACUGUAGUUCCAGUGUGCCUUCCCCUUUGUUGCGGCCUUCCAUGUACUCUUUUGUAAAAUAUAUGUUAAUAUGUUAUAUUAAGAAUUCACAAGUGCCUUAAAUAUUUUAAUAUAUUAUUUAUACGACCAAAAUUGAAAUCGACAAUAUUUUAUUAACUUAUUGUGUUCUAUAUUUGUCAACAUUCAAGAACAGUGAAUAUAGACCAACAUCCAGGUAAUUUUCUUUGCAAUUUUCUACUGACUGAUUAUGUUGUUGGAAUGUGUUAAGAUAAUAAGUUUUAAUAAGGGGAGAGCGAGAGAUAACUGCCAUCUUACAAAACACAUCAAAUAUUCCUUUAACUGUGCAUUGAACAAGAGUAAAUUGUUUAAAACUACUUUCUGUACUAUGCAUGUUUUUUUUCCACUCCAAAAUUCAGUUCAAUAUGGUAGUUGCUAAAUACUUACUUAGUUUUGUGAUAACUUGAAAAUGGUGAUUACUGAUAUUGUGAAAUUUAUACGAUUUAAAAACCAUAGCUUGGUAAAACUUUCAAGUAGGCCACAUGAAUUAUAAAUAGUAUAACAAUUAAUAAUUUUUCUUAAUUUUGUUAUCAAUAAUAAUAAUUAGUCUUAAUGUUAUUUUAUAAAAUGAAAAAUUUUUUUAGAGACGGAGAACUCUAAUUGAAAUUUAACAAUUUGUUUUUUCAAUAUUUAUGAAUUUUUUUUCGAAGACAUUUUUUCUCUAAUAUGAUUUCCGGUAUGUGGCCCCACUACUGAAGCUAAUAGCUAUGCAAUACCGCAAGUUGUAUUUCUACAAUCUUGCGUCAAAUUUUGGCUUCCAAGUACUAAGUAUUGCAAAAACUUAGUUUCUUUGCGUUUUAUUUAUUUAGAGAAAAUGUGGUUCAAAUGUUAGGUAAAUAUAACUAAUGAAGUCCCAACCCUAUUCCCCAGUGGCUCAAAUUCUAAAAUUUCUCUUCACCUUUCCCCUGUAAGGAUAUUCAUGAGGUUUCUUGCUAUUAACCAAGUAUCGAGAAGACCGUCCCAGAAACGGUUCACAAACGAUACCUAAGUCUGUUGGAACAUAUAAUAUCUAUUGCGCAGAAUCGUCACCUUACCAAAGAUGGUUUUUUGAUUGGUUGGAACGAACAUCUCAAAUUGGUAUCUGCAAACCACAAACUUGGUAAAGUUUAUAAGCCAUUACUAAUAAAUUGUUACCAUGAACCUGAAUUUAUUGGCGUAACAAGUGUUCAAAGUUGCAUGAAAAUUCUAAAACUCGUGGAGUAAUUUUCAACGUUGAACGCUGGAUAUAAAAAACUCGAGUAAUAUAAAAAAAUAUCACUGUAGGCUUAGAUACAUGAUGUACCAAACUUAAUUUUUUCAACUGACUUUACCACUUAUAAUGAACUUUUGAAUAAAGAUGAAAUAAGUUAGGUGAGCAUAAAAUUACAUCUAGUAAGAGUAGUUUGAUUUGACAGAAGAUUUUUCGAACAUUUUCUAAUCAAAAAAAUCAGUUUAGUCAAAAAUUGCAUAAUGAACCUAUCUUUAUACUCUUGCUCUUGUAAAUAAAUCAUAUAUUAAUCAUAAAAUAAAAUAAAAACAUGACAAAUAAAAACAAUAAGCUACAAAAGCUGUGGAAAUGAUAUUUAGCUGAACUAUUAGUAAUUUUGAACAGUCAAGAGUUGAUUUAUUCAUUUGCCUCUCAAAUAAUCAGAAUCAGAACAUUGUUGAUAUUGAUAAAUAUUUUAUUUAAUUAGUUCAAUUAUAUUCGUGAUUAGUUUCCAGAGGAAAAUGUGUAAAGGAUAGGUUUUGAGAACUUGUAUUAAAUGAACUAUUGUCGUUUCAAUUUACUAAAAUAUUUGAAGAGAUAACUUCCAUUUUUAAUCUGAAAUAUAAACAAUAAUUUCUGAUAUAGGGGGUGUCAAAUAAUAUGUUUUGCUUUUGAUUUAUAUUAACAUGAACACAAAAUACUGUAGAUAUUUGUAACAAAAUUCUUGCCAAUUAACAAAAAAGUGUCUAAUUCACAAUUAUUAUUCGUAAUAUAUAAUUUAAAACACUAA